CUGGCGCGGCGCAUGCGCAGUGUCAGAGUGGGAGCCCGCAGGGAGGGGGAAGUGAGUCACACGCAGCCUGUCGCGCAUACAGUGACUCGCUCGGGAUUCGUGCUGACCGGACUGCUCCAGAGACAGCGGGGCGAGGCCGCGGCGUAUUUUGUGAGGAGAGGCCCCAGAGGGGGCCAGCCCUCCCGUACAGCCCCCCUCCUCCUUUGUUGUUAUACCCAGGGGUGAGCCGGGGCCUCCACCUCCUCCCCGUCCCUCCCCGUAUCCGCCCCUCAGUGUCACCCGUAACAUCCACCCGACGAUGCGACGGCCUGAGCACGGGGAGGAUCAAUGCGGCCCCCUUCCCUAGGAUGUCAUCCGAGGACAAGAGCCUAGAGUCCGCCUGUGAGCAGCCCGGGCCCCCGGCCCCUGCCAGCCCAGCAGCCACGGACAAAAGACCCCGGGGCCGCCCCCGGAAAGAUGGAGCCUCCCCACUCCAGAGAGUCCGCAAGAAGCCUCGGAGUAGAGGAAAAGCAACUUUGGAGGAUGAAGAUAGUAUGGAUGGACUUGAGGCAGCAGAACCGGAAAACUCUGCAGACACAGACAGUAAAGAACAACCUGUGGAGGAGGGCGCCCAGACUGAGGUGACGGAUAUCGUACAGCUAUCACACAUACAUCAGAGCCCGUUAUCUGAGGAGUCUGAGCCCUGUACUGCCUCUGUGGGAGUGGAAGCAAAAUGCAGUGAACAACUUUGUGCUUUCUGUUACUGUGGUGAACGGAGUCUCUUGGGACAAGGGGAAUUAAAACAGUUUAGUCCAACUCCUGGUUUUCUCCUGCCAUGGAAAACCCUGCACGAAAACGACCCUGAUGGCAGCGAUGGGACCUGUAAAUCUUCCGGAAAGUCUACAAAACGAGGGCAUCGAAAACUAAUAUCCUCUGAAGUCAAUGUCACAUACACAAGUGUAAGCACCCAAACCGCACCUGACGAACAAGGCAGCAAAUUCUGGGAUGAACUGUGUCAAGUUGGACUUCCUGAUGACAUCCAUAUACAGUCCUUAUUUGAGUCAACAGGACACUGCUGGGCUCAUCAGCGCUGUGCAGAGUGGUCACCAGGCGUGCACCAAUCUGAGGAUCAGGGGCUGGUCAAUGUGGACAAAGCGGUGGUUUCAGGGAGCACAGAGCCAUGUGCAUACUGUAAGCAUCUUGGAGCUACUAUCAAAUGCUGUGAAGAGACGUGUUCGCAGACAUACCAUUAUCCCUGCGCUGCUGGAUCUGGUGCCUUUCAGGAUCUUACCUGUUUCUCUCUACUGUGCACAGAACACAUCGAUCAGGCUCUUGAGCGCUCUAAGGACGAUGCAAACUGUGCACUGUGUGACAGCUCUGGGGACUUGUUGGACCAGCUCUUUUGCACAACUUGUGGUCAGCAUUACCACGGCAUGUGUCUGGACAUAGUGGUGACCCCUUUGAAACGUGCUGGUUGGCAAUGUCCUGACUGCAAAAUCUGUCAGAACUGCAAACACUCUGGAGAUGAUAACAAGAUGCUUGUCUGUGAUACCUGUGAUAAGGGUUACCAUACGUUUUGUUUGCAGCCUGUUAUGGAUUCUGUACCAGCAAAUGGUUGGAAGUGUAAGAACUGCAGAAUAUGUGCAGAAUGUGGUACACGGACCAGUCGUCAGUGGUAUCUGAACUGUUUGAUAUGCGACAAUUGUUUCCAACAGCAAGCCAGCUUACCUUGCCCGCUUUGUGAUAAGCCCCUCCAGCCAGAUAUGCAGAAAGACAUGUUGCACUGUCAGAUGUGCAAAAGGUGGAUACAUUUAGACUGUGAAAAAUGUCCGGAUUAUUUAGAUGAUCAAUUAAAAGAUGACUAUAUCUGCACAUUGUGUAAACAACUGGAAAUUGAGAAUGACACAGGGGAAGAAUGUAUAGAAAUGGAUAUUACAGAAGCUGGCACCAAGACCACAGAACAGAAUGAGAAAGCAGAUGUGGAAAGUGAGGUUUCCUGUCAAGUGGAAGCGGACAGCAUGGACAUGUCUCAGUCAGCAGACACGGUGCAGAUUGUACCAGCAGAGGUGGUAGGUAAGGAUGCAAGUGAGAGGAUGAUGUCACCGCAGUGUCUUCACGAAGAAGCAAAUCAGCAACAAGAAUCUCAAAGUCCCAUGGAGGCCACAAGUGAACCACAGACUAUUUCACGCGCCCUGGAGGAUUCUUGUAAAUCGCCUUCCAAGUCUGAGCUCACAGAUGAUACUUAUACAAAGCUAGACGAGCACUUUGAUAUAACAAGGGGUCACCAACACAUUUCAACAAAAAAGGAUUAUCCGCUAGUUGCCGACACCUGCGAUCUUCAGCACAAGGAAGCAACUCCUAACAGUGAGACUUCUACAGAAACUAGUUCACCUUUCGGGGAGAAAGCUCUGAAGUCUCCUUACGGAAUGGAUUCCCCAGCCACCUCUGUCGAUACCAGUAAAACCAGUGUGUCAUCCUCACCAGCAGUUUCCAUCGACUUCCAUUCUUCUAACGACAUAUUUCAGAGUCAAACUCCAGCACAUAGUUUUAGCACAGCAAAUGGCUUCCCAACAACCUAUAUAUCAGUAGCUCCGAAAAUUGGCAUGGGUAAGCCAGCUAUCACCAAAAGGAAAUUUUCUCCUGGAAGACCAAGAUCGCGACAGGGGACUUGGAGUAUCAAUAAUACAGUGAGCCCACCUUCCUGGUCAGCUGAUGGCUCAGAAGGUUGGGACAUUUUUAAAUCCAGACAGCUUCUCGGCAAUCCAUUUUGGAGCAUCAAAGUGGGUCGUGGCUCUGGAUUUCCCAGGAGGAGACCAAGGGGGUCUGGACUGUCUGGCCGAGGCGGAAGAGGUCGUUCGAAAUUAAAAACUCCUAUAAGCAACUUCAUAAUUCCAGGGUUAACCACAAUUGAUCUUUCAUCAUACAAGGAGGAGGAAGAAACCUCAAUGCACAACACUGUCGUUUUAUUUUCCAGAAGCGACAAGUUCACCUUGCAUCAGGAUAUGUGCGUGGUGUGCGGGAGUUUUGGGAAAGGUGCUGAAGGGAGACUUCUUGCUUGCUCUCAGUGCGGGCAGUGUUAUCAUCCAUACUGUGUCAGUAUUAAGAUUAGUAAAGUUAUUCUUCGCAAAGGCUGGAGGUGUUUGGAAUGUACAGUGUGCGAGGCUUGUGGCAAAGCCUCAGAUCCUGGCCGUUUGCUGCUCUGUGAUGACUGUGACAUUAGCUAUCAUACAUACUGCCUGGAUCCUCCGUUACAGACUGUUCCUAAAGGAGGCUGGAAGUGUAAAUGGUGUGUAUCCUGUAACAAUUGCAAAGCAAUAACGCCAGGGUUGAGAUGUGAGUGGCAGAAUAACUACACACAGUGUGCUCCAUGUGCAAGCCUAUCCACCUGCCCUGUAUGCAGCCAGAACUACAUAGAGAACGAGCUAAUUCUUCAGUGUAGACAGUGUGACCGGUGGUCCCAUGGUGCCUGUCAGAGCCUACUUACGGAGGUAGAAGUGGAAAGUGCAGCAGACAGCGGCUUUGAUUGUGUCGUGUGUAAGCCAUUUGUAAUACCAACUCAAGAGGAGUGUGACUCCCCAAUUGAUGCUCAGAUUGUUCCAAAAACGAGGGAAUUUGACAUUCUGAAAACCUUCACCCAGGAUGGAGUAUGUUUGACAGAGUCAGGUCUCUCACAGUUGCAAAGCUUAACAAUCACAGUCCCACGGAAGAGGCGAUCAAAACCAAAGCUGAAAUUAAAGAUCAUCAAUCAGAACAGCGUAGCUGUGCUCCAAACACCUCCAGACCCACAAUCUGAACUUUCCAGAGACGGCGAGAUGGAUGAUAGUAGAGAAGGCGAUUUAAUGGACUGUGACGUAAAGUCCGAUUCCAGUCCGGAUCGAGAACCUAUUUAUGAUGACUCUAAGGGUGCAGAAGUAGUGGAUGGAAUGAAGAAAAGGAAGAGAAAGCCAUAUAGACCAGGUAUUGGGGGAUUUAUGGUGCGCCAAAGAAGCCGAACAGGUCAGGGGAAAUCAAAGAGGUCUCUGUCCAGAAAAGAUUCUUCUGGUUCAGUUUCUGAACUUCUUUUGAGUAAAGAUGAAGUUUGGAAUGAACUGCAGCCAGAAACUCCCAUAGAAUGCAUCACUGGCUCUGAUAACCCAGAAAAAAUAAAGAAGCGUUAUCGGAAAAAGAAAAACAAGUUGGAAGAAACCUUUCCUACAUAUUUGCAGGAAGCUUUUUUUGGGAGAAAUCUUCUGGAUACCAGUAGACAAAACAAACCCAGUAUUGGGAGCUCUCCUGAGAAUACUUCCCAGCAUUUACACAAAGCAAACAUCAAUUCAACUUUUUUGGACCCUACUUCAGACCCCCUGCUCAGUUCAGCUGCAACACCCUCCAAAAAUAUGGAUGGGUCAUCCCAGGAUCCUCUCGCUGAGUUGUCCGAGGUUUUGAACGCUGAAGAUGAUAUUUUCGGAAUACUUUCGGAUGAUCUUGCUAAAUCUACAAGCCAAGCUGGUAUGUGUUUAAAAGGUCUUGAUUUAUACAAUUUCCAGGUCGAGAAUUCAUCCUCUCCUUUUGCGGGGCUUGACAUAGGUACCAUAUCGGAUGAUCAGUCUUCUCUGCCUCACGCCAUCGUCACCCACAGUUCUCGACCUUUAAGUGAGGACCAGCUAGAUGGGAUUCUCAGCCCGGAACUUGACAAAAUGGUUACAGAUGGUGCAAUUUUGGGAAAACUGUAUAAAAUUCCAGAACUUGAAGGAAAAGAUGUUGAAGAUUUAUUUACUGCUGUGCUGAGUCCUGUAGCCACCCAUCCGCCAUCUUUGCCACAACCGCCACCACCUUCAGCUCAUCUUCAUCCUCCACAUACACAGCUCUUGCCUUUGCACAACCAGGGUGAUGGCCUUUUUUCAAGAAUUCCCAUGGUCAAUGGCUUGUUGCCACCCAAUUCUCACCUACAACAUAACCCUCUCGCACCUGGGUCUGGACUCAACACAUUCCCUUCUUUAUCACAGCCAGCAUUUGCAGAUAGCAGGGAUAAGAAUUCUGUAUACCACAGCAUGGUGAAUGACUCUGCCAAUGUGUGGCCCGCACAAGCUCCUGCUAUGGAGGCAGAGGGAGAUACUAUGUCCAAUGCACAAAGGAGUACGCUAAAAUGGGAGAAAGAAGAAGCCCUUGGAGAGAUGGCCACUGUAGCACCAGUUUUAUAUACAAACGUCAACUUCCCAAACCUAAAGGAUGAGUUUCCUGAUUGGACUACAAGAGUGAAACAGAUUGCAAAACUUUGGAGAAAAGCCAGCUCACAAGAAAGAGCCCCGUAUGUGCAAAAGGCCAGAGAUAAUCGGGCUGCGCUGCGGAUCAAUAAAGUGCAAAUGUCAAAUGACACACUGAAGCGGCAGCAGCAUGAAAUCAUCGAGCACAGUUCCCGCAUUGACUCCGAUUUGUUUAAAGAUCCCAUGAAGCAGAGAGAAUCUGAGCAUGAGCAGGAGUGGAAAUUCCGACAGCAAAUGCGUCAGAAGAGCAAGCAACAGGCAAAGAUUGAGGCAACACAAAAACUGGAGCAAGUAAAGAAUGAGCAACAGCAGCAGCAGUUUGGUUCCCAACAGCAUUUGAGUCAAUCAGGAAGUGACACUCCAAACAGUGGAAUACAGAGUCCUUUAACACCUCAACAGAAUAGUGGGAAUAUGUCUCCAGUUCAACAGACAUUUAAUAAAGACCAGUAUUCUAAACCAACAUUGCCUGGAACUCCAACAUCUUUCUCUGAUGAUGUUUUUCUGAAACCACAAGCUCCACCUCCUACACCAACUAGAAUUUCUUUGCAGGAUCCUCUACAAUUAUCUUCUCAACCACACUCUCCACAGAUGUUUUCUCCAGGAUCUUCAAAUUCUAGACCAUCAUCUCCCAUCGACCCUUAUGCCAACAUGGUAGGGACACCAAGACCACCUCCACCCAUGGGUCAGAACCUUCACAGAAGGAACUCUGGGUCACCUAUGGAUAUUUGUCCUUCAAGGCCAAUACUUGGGAAUGAAUUAUCUGAUACUAGAGACUCUUGUUCAUCUCCCUCCAAUGGCGAUAUGUCUGUAAAAAUGGGAGAGUCUCAAAGGUCCAUGAUGCCAUCCGAACAUUUUACAAAACCAUUGGGCUCUUCAAGGAUGCAACAUAACACAGAUCAGGUUUUUGAUGGUUCUUUAGGCCCAGGAAAUCUUGACUCCUUCACAAAACAUCUUUCCAGGUCAGAGAUGUUUCAAAGACAGUCAUUGGCACAAAAUAAAGUAGAUCCAUAUUCAAGGCCACCUCUCACGCCUACAUCAGGUAUUUCACCAGGUAGCCCUGCUCCUUUUAAGACACCUAUGCGCCCACCUCAAUCUCCACAAGAACCUUACAGUUCACUGCCCGUAACACCUAGACGUGUGUCUGCUGACCCAUAUGAUAGACCUGUUUUAACACCUCGGCCAGCUGAGAGCUUUUUACAUGAUCCUUAUAACCAAGCAUCUCACAGUAAUCGUUCUUCUAUGAAUGAAUCUUUUGCACAGCCUCUUAGACUAAUACGACAGCAUAGUGACCCCCAAUCUGCUUCUUUAUCAAGAUCGAGUGCGCAAGAUCCAUACUUGCAGCCUCCAGGAACACCACGUCCAGCAAAUAACCCAUAUUUGCAGUCACCAACUGCUUUAAGACCAGCAGUUGGUGACUUAUACAUUCAACAGCCACCUACUCCAAGACCAUCUGCACAGAUAAUGGAUCCUUACAGUCAGCCACCAUCAACUUCUAGACCUGUUGGGGCAGAUGUGUUUGUUCAGCCAUCUAUAAAUAAGAGGCACCAUGAUCCAUUUGCCUCAUCAUCUGGAGCUCCUAGGCCUAGCAUGGAUCCUUAUGCCCAACAGCCUGCCACUCCAAGGCCUAUUUCCUCAGACCCAUACUCUCAGCCACCUGGGACACCAAGGCCGGUACCUGCAGAUCCAUACUCUCAGCCACCUGGGACACCAAGGCCGGUGCCUUCAGAUCCAUACUCUCAGCCUCCGGGGACUCCAAGGCCGGUGCCUCCAGAUCCAUACUCUCAUCCAACUGGGACGCCUAGGCCGGUACCUCCAGAUCCAUACUCUCAGCCUCCUGGGACUCCAAGGCCGGUGCCUCCAGAUCCAUACUCUCAGCCCCCUGGAACACCAAGGCCAGUGCCUUCAGAUCUGUAUUCCCAACCACCUGGAACCCCAAGGCCAGUGCCUUCAGAUCCAUAUUCUAAACAGCCUGGUACUCCACAUCCUAUUCUUGUAGACCCAUAUUCACAGCCUCCUGGAACGCCAAGGCCUGUAUCUAUAGACUCCUAUUCCCAGCCAAAUCGAACGCCUAGACCUGUCCUCUCUGACCCUUAUAGUCAACCACCAAGAACUCCAAUGCCAGGUGUUCUAGAAAAUUUUAAUCGUUCUUCUGUGGUUCGAACAGGGUUGAUCCACAAUCAGGAUUCAUUUGUACAUAUGACGCAAAAUAGGGCAUCUAUUCAGCAAGUUCCUUAUACAAGACCACCUGAUGCAAACUCUCAAAAUUCACGACUGGCGGGUACAUGUUCAACAGACCUGUUUAGUCAUUCAUCAUCUGGUCCUAACCAGGAUCCUUACGACCAGCCUCCAAUGACUCCUCACAUGCAGCCAGGGGAUGUGUUUGGGGAUUCACAUGAAAUGGCUGAUCAGCAAAGAACUUUUUCAGAGGAAACUUUUGGUGGAUCUACCAACAUCUCUUCAAGUCCACAAGGUCAGCAAUUUGCUAACAUGCAGCAAACAGCAGGAAUGCCAGAUUCACACAAUGCAUUAAACCUACCACUGGCAGAAUCUGAGGAGAAACUAAAACAGCGUCAAAAGUUGCGGGAGAUGAUUCUAAGGCAGCAACAAAACAAAAAUGCUGUUAGACAAGAAAAGGCAGGUGAUUCACUUCAGAUGACCCAGGGGGGACUCCCAACCCAAUGGCCACAAGACAAUCCACAUCGACAGCAUGAGAUCUUUAACAGACCUCCACCCCCUUAUCCUGGCAACAUCAGAGCCUCACUUGUCCCCAAAGUAAUUCCAAGAUUUUCUGCAUUUCCCAAAGAGCAACAUAAUCCAUUCCCGGGGAAUCUCCAGUAUAAUAGACCACAGUUUACUGGAGACAUUGGGAACAUGACUAUGAGACCACAACCUGGUCACAGAUUUGUAUACCCCAUGGCAGGACCUAGUCCUGUACCCAAUCAUGAGCGCUUUUUAGGUCCUCCAUUACAAAUGCAAGUUACAGGAAUUCCGCAGCAGAUGAGAAGAGAGAUGUCCAUUGAACUGACUAGGCCGUUAAAUAACUCGCAAGUCAACAACUCAGCUGGUCUUCCUCCACACUUCCCUCACCAGGGAAUGCAAGUUCAGCAGCAUAAUAUAUCGGGGCAAGCGUAUAUUGAACUCCGUCACAGGCCUCCCGAUGGUAGACCAAGAAUUCUCUUUAGACCACCUCAUAAUCUAAUGGAACAUGCUGUCCAAAUUCAGAGGCAUGUAGGCUAUUUCCCUAGACCAGAAUUUCAGGGCCCGAGGAUAAUGGAUGGAGUACAUGUUCACCAUUCAGGUUUAUCUAAUCAAAUGCAAGUGCCCCCAGGUUUUGAACACUUCAUGUCUUCACAGCAUCAAUCUGUUAUGAGGCGUGGAGUUGAUCACUCUGCAGAGAAUGAGAACUAUUUACAUCCCUCUUUAUCCACUGCUAACUCGCACAAGGAUACAAAUCUGCCAACAGGGAAUCUAGUGGCGAGUGGGUUGGAAGAUAAACUUGAUCCCGAUGAUCCUUCUGAAAAAGAUCUUGAUGUGAAAGAUCUGGAUGGUGUUGAGGUUAAGGAUUUAGAUGAUGAUGACCUUGAAAAUAUAAAUCUGGAUCCAGACGAUGCGAAGGAGGAUGAGCUUGAUGGUCUGGAUACUCUGGAAACAAAUGAUCCUCAGCUUGAUGACCUGUUAAGGUCAGGGAAAUUUGAUAUUAUUGCUUAUACAGAUCCAGAGCUCGAUCUUGGAGAUAAGAAGGAUAUGUUUAAUGAGGACUUGGAUCUGGGUGUGCCUAUCGAUGACAAGUUGGAAAUUCCAUGCAAGGCUGAAGCUGUGAAAGGAAAUGAAGAAACAGACAACAUUUCGUCCUCACCGGGACCUGUUUCUGCACAGGCAAUCGCUGGUAGUAGCGGGGAAAUAAAAACUGAAGUUUUAUCACCUAAUGAUAAAGCAUCAUCUGAUAUAAAAUCUGAACAGAGUAACAGUGCUACAGGGACUGAUCAGCAUAAAGAGGAUAUGGCUCCACUGGCAUCUUGUAACAGUGGUGAGUCAGAGAAAGUAGGUAAAGAAAGCCCUCAGAAUAGUGAUUUGCCUAAUGACCUAUUGGAGCUACCACCCCAAGAUCCCGAAACUUCCUGUGGCAUACCAGAACCCACACCUGUGCUUACCAGUUCAUUAACCACUGAGAAUUCUGAAGGUGAAAAAACAGGUUCUCCUACAGGAAUUACAUCCCCUCAGCCGAACACAUUGCAGGACAUUCCUCAAAAUGUAGUAACACCUCCUAGUCAAGUAAUGGAACAUCCUUUGAAUACCGGUAUGGUUCCAAGACUUAACCAUGGUUUCACACCGGGAUCACCAUCAGAUUCUGGUUUUCAAAGUGGCCAUAAUUUUGUUCCUGACGAUACAUUAAAUCAAGCCAUGCCUUGUUCUAGUACUGUUGCUCAGCAGGUAAUGAUUCAGCAAAACCGGGUAAAAACUCUCCUUUUGCAAGAACAGCCGUUAUUAUUGCAGGAUCUUUUAGAUCAAGAAAGAAAGGAACAGCAGCAGCAGAGACAGAUGCAAGCAAUGAUCCGCCAACGUUCUGAACCAUUUUUUCCUAACGUUGAUUUUGAUGCAAUUGCUGAUCCCAUAAUGAAAGCAAAAAUGGUGGCUCUGAAAGGAAUUAAUAAAGUCAUGGUAAACAACAUGGGGAUGUCGCCAAUGGUCAUGAACCGCUUUCCUUUCAUGGCACAGCAAAUACCAGGCACACAGCCGACUGAAGGUCAGAAUAUUGUUCCACCAGCUAUUUCACAGGAUGGAACCAUACCACCGCAAAUGGUUAGGCCCAACCCUCCAAGCUUCGGUCCAGGAUUUGUCAAUGACUCUCAGAAAAAACAGUACGAGGAAUGGCUGCAAGAGACUCAGCAACUGCUUCAAAUUCAGCAGAAAUUCCUGGAGGAACAAAUUGGGGCUCACAGAAAAUCUAAAAAAGCAUUGUCGGCCAAGCAGAGAACAGCUAAGAAAGCGGGUCGUGAGUUUCCGGAGGAGGAUGCGGAGCAGCUGAAGCACGUCACAGAGCAGCAAAGCAUGGUGCAAAAGCAGCUGGAGCAGAUACGAAAACAGCAAAAAGAACACACAGAGCUUAUUGAAGAAUACAGAAACAAGCAGCAUCAGUUUUCAGUGGCACCUCUAAUGCCCGGAGCACAGCAAACCUUAAUAUCCGGAGGCGCACCUACAACGAUGAAUCCACAGAAUUUUCCUCUUCCGCAAACACUACAGUCACCUGGACCGAUCAUAUCAGGCCAGCCCAAUCAACCAAGAAUGCCAAACAUGCCAGGCUGGCAGCCUCCACAUACUGCCAGGGGACUUGCACAGGUCAGUCCUCCAAGUAUGCAGCAUCCUAUCAGUUCUGAAAUUCCAGGUCCAGCUGCCCAAGCUAAUCCCAACGCGCCACCCAGGGUUGAGUUCGAUGACAAUAAUCCUUUCAGUGAAACUUUCCAAGAGAGAGAGCGCAAAGAAAGAUUGCGUGAACAGCAAGAGCGGCAGAGAGUACAGCUCAUGCAAGAGGUGGAUCGUCAGCGAGCUCUGCAGCAAAGGCUUGAAAUGGAACAACAAGGCAUUGUUCCACCAGACCUCAAUAAUAGGCCUUUAUCACAAAUGCCUUUUUUCACAUCUGAUAUACAGGCUGACUUCAUACAGUCUCCACAACCUCUUCAGCAGUCACCACAGCAGCAAGCACAAACAGGACAUGUAUUACCCCAUCAAAACAUGGCAAACUCUCCGCCUGAUACUCCAUUUAUACAAAAUUCUGAUCAAAGAUCUCUUUCACCAUACAGAACAGAUAACCAGUCUGCGUUUCCACAGACACCGUGUCGUCCUGCCUUUAUGCCAAACGCAUCGCCAGCUUCAGAUAAUGGAAACCCUUGUGGACAGGAGAGGCCUGUAAAUUCCACAAAUUUUCAAAGUCCAAGUCAGUCGCUCAUACAGUUGUAUUCUGAAAUCAUUCCAGAAGAGAAAGCCAAGAAGAAAAGGCCACGAAAGAAGAAAAAAGAUGAGGAUUUGGACUCUCUAAAGUCACCACCCUCCACCCCACGGUCUGAUGCGACAGCUCCUCUAACUCCAAGUAUCUCAGAAGCCUCAACGCCAACCGUUAGUGCUCCUAAUGAACUUGGCUAUCAAGGAGAGCAUUUAGCCGAUUUAAUUCGUUCCUCAACCCCAAAUUCUGCAAAUAACAAAUGUACGGAGUUGGAAGACCCGCUUCUCCCUAAAGAUGUGAAGCACAUAUUUCAAGAACCCAAGAAAGACCAUGAGAUUGGUCAACUGCACAGUAAAGAUAAUGUUAAUAUUCAGGAAAUCAAAUUGGAGCAAGCAGAUGGAGAUCAGACUCCGGAGCAACUUGACUCCAAAGAAAAACGUUCAUCAUUUGGGCUUAAAAUUGAAGAAGAUAAAGCCACAUCGCACAGUGCACUUUCCAUGGAAAUAGAUUCUUAUCAAGCCUCUGGCCCCUCAGGAAAACUGGAAUCCGGAAAUGAAUUACUCAAACACUUGCUCAAAAACAAGAAACAACCUGUCAUGUUCCAUCACAAAGCCGAGGAAGGCUUACAGUCUAUGAAGGGUUGUUCUGCUGAUGUAAAAUCAAUAGGAAGGCAAGCAAGUGCAUUGCACCUCUCAGAGAACAAGGAGCAGGUUGGCUUUGACAUUGGCCAGAAUAUGCUUCAGAGAACGGAUUUUGAAAUGGAUAAGAAGAAGCCAAGAAACAAGCGGGUGCAGAGAACUGCAGAGAAAGCUGCCCCGCGUUCAAAGAAGAGGAAAAAGGAAGAACAGAAAUCAGCCAUAUUCACCAGCUCUGAGACCUUCACUCAAAUUAAGCAGCAACUUUCUCUGCUUCCUCUAAUUGAGCCAAUUGUUGGAAUGAAUUUUGCACAGUUUCUCCCAUAUGGGACAGGCCCUAUGAGUGCUGGGAGUCGUCUGCUGGGCACAUUUGGCUGCGCCUCCCUUGAUGGGGUUUCAGAUUAUUAUUCCCAGUUGAUCUUUAAGCAAAAUAAUCUCAGUAAUCCUCCCACUCCACCUGCGUCUCUGCCUCCCACCCCACCACCUGUGGCCUGCCAGAAGAUGGUAAAUGGCUAUGCCACUACUGACGAGCUGGCUGGAAAGGCUGCCAUUCUUGGAGGCCAUGUUACCAAAGCUCUGGGAACCAAACAGUUUCAGCUGCCUUUCAGGUCCCCGGACGACUUGUUGGCUAGAGCCAUGACUCAGGGACCCAAAUCAGUGGAUGUCCCAGCUUCAUUACCCACUCCACCCCACAAUAAUCAGGAGGAGCUGAGGGCUCAGGAUCACUGUGAUGCCAGGGGCAGCCCUGACAGCUUUGUGCCCUCCUCGUCCCCAGAGAGUGUGGUUGGAAUGGAAAUUAGCAGGUACCCAGAUUUGUCACUAGUGAAGGAAGAACCCCCGGAUCCAGCUCCAUCUCCUGUCAUUCCAAUACUACCGAGCAGCACAGGAAAAGUCUUUCCAAGUUCGGACAGCAGAGAUUUUGGAAUGAAGAGAGAGCCGGGAGCAGGUCCCUUGUUUUUCGGAUCGCAGUUUGUGCAAGUACCAAAUGGGCCUAGGUCUGGUCUCAUCUCUGUGGCAAUCACUUUGCACCCUACAGCUGCUGAGAAUAUCAGUGGAGUAGUUGCUGCAUUUGCUGACCUGCUUCAAGUCCACAUUCCUACCAGCUAUGAAGUGAGCAGUGCUCCUGAUUCUGCUUCUGUCACCUUAAUGAACGGACACAGAAUGCACCCUAACAUGGAAUACAGACAUCAGCUAAUGCGUCAACGUCCCAGACCAGGAGCCAUUCCUCCAGCCAGACUUAUUGGGCCAUACGGCAUGAAGCCUCACAACUUGUCCUUCAUGCCAAAUAGUAAUGGUAUGCCAGGAUACAGACCUCACAACCCUGUAAUGGGGGAUUCGCAAGCAUUGAGGCAGUCGUGGUGCUGUCACUGCAAGGUUGUGGUUUUUGGAAAUGGUGUACGGAAAUCUCUAAGGGAUCGGAGUUUUCUCAAGCAGGAGUUCCUUCACAGUCCUGGACAGUUGGAUGGUGAGCUUGUGUUCUGCAGCAACAACUGUCUCCUGUUGUAUUCUGCUGCGCAGGCAAAGGGCACGGAGAUCAAGGCUCAGGAUCACUCCUUUACACCACCAUCUCGAAAGGAUUCUCAACCAAAGUCAUGUCAUAGGUAUAGCAACAAUACUUCUACCCUGGAUGUUCAUUGCCUUCCCCUACUACAGGAAAAGUUUUCACCACCUUUAUCCCCACCUAUAUCUUUCCCUCCUGCUGCUUUCGAGACUGCUAAAGUUGAGGUAAAGCCGGAUGACCUGAAAGUCACUGUGAAGUUAAAACCGCGGCUAAGAACCGUUUACAGUGGUCUGGAUGAUUCCCGUGCUGCCAGCAAGAAAUGGAGAGGAAUGAAGUGGAAAAAAUGGAAUAUUCAAAUUGUUAUUCCCAAGAUGCCUUUCAAGCCUCAAUGUGAGGAUGACAUAGAUGAAUUUUUGAAAAGACUUGGAACAUCUCUGAAGCCAGAUCCUCUGCCCAAAGAUUUUAGAAAAUGUUGUUUCUGCCAUGAAGAAGGUGAUGGAAUGACAGAUGGACCCGCAAGGCUUCUCAAUCUUGACCUUGACCUCUGGGUCCAUUUAAACUGUGCUCUUUGGUCUACUGAGGUCUAUGAGACACAGGCUGGUGCCUUAAUUAAUGUGGAACUGGCAUUAAGACGAGGUCUGCAGAUGAAGUGUGUGUUUUGUCAUAAAAUGGGAGCUACCAGUGGUUGCCACAGGUUAAGAUGCACCAAUAUUUAUCACUUCACCUGUGCAAUAAAAGCACAAUGCAUGUUUUUUAAAGACAAAACUAUGCUUUGCCCCAUGCACAAGCCAAAGGGAGCUCAUGAGCAAGAACUGACUUAUUUUGCAGUCUUUCGUAGAGUUUACGUUCAACGUGAUGAGGUGCGACAGAUUGCGAGCAUUGUCCAGCGUGGGGAACGUGACCACACUUUCCGUGUCGGCAGUCUGAUCUUCCAUGCAAUUGGUCAGCUGCUGCCACAGCAAAUGCAGGACUUCCACUCUGUAACUGCUCUCUUCCCAGUAGGUUAUGAAGCCAGCAGGUUGUACUGGAGCAUGCGUUAUGCCAACAGACGCUGCCGGUACCUCUGUUCCAUUGAAGAGAAAGAUGGAUUGCCAUUGUUUAUCAUCAGAGUAAAUGAACAGGGACAUGAAGAUUUUGUCCUUACAGAUUCUACACCAAAAGGUGUUUGGGACAAAAUUCUGGAACCUGUUGCAAACUGUAGAAAAGACUCUGAAAUUCUCAGGCUAUUUCCAGUGUACCUAAAAGGGGAAGAUCUGUUUGGUUUAACUGUAUCUGCUGUUGCAAGGAUAGCAGAAUCGCUCCCAGGAGUCGAGGCCUGUGAGACUUACACUUUCCGUUAUGGACGUAACCCAUUGAUGGAACUCCCACUUGCCAUCAAUCCUUCUGGCAGCGCUCGCUCAGAGCCCAAGAUGAAUAACCAUGUCAAGAGGUUUGUGUUAAGGCCUCACACGUUGAAUAGCACCAGCACUUCAAAGUCCUUCCAAAGCACAGUCACUGGAGAGCUGAAUGCUCCAUACAGCAAGCAGUUUGUCCAUUCCAAAUCCUCUCAGUACCGGAAGAUGAAGACUGAAUGGAAAGCCAAUGUGUAUCUGGCCAGGUCUCGCAUUCAGGGCCUGGGGUUAUAUGCUGCUAGAGACAUUGAAAAGCACACUAUGGUGAUCGAAUACAUUGGAACCAUAAUACGCAAUGAAGUAGCAAAUAGAAAGGAGAAGUUGUACGAGUCACAGAAUCGUGGUGUAUAUAUGUUCCGUAUUGAUAACGAACAUGUGAUUGAUGCAACUUUGACUGGAGGACCUGCAAGGUAUGUUAACCAUUCAUGUGCACCUAACUGCGUGGCUGAAGUGGUGACAUUUGAGAAGGGACCUAAAAUAAUAAUCAGCUCUAAUCGCAGGAUACAGAAGGGUGAAGAGCUUUGUUACGACUAUAAGUUUGAUUUUGAAGAUGACCAGCACAAGAUCCCCUGCCACUGUGGUGCAGUUAACUGCCGUAAAUGGAUGAACUGAAUGCGUUCCUUGCUACGUCAAGGUUUUACUUGUCCCUGAGAUGUGAUUAAACAUGCUGGCAAAUGAUAUACUUGUCUUCAAGUUAGGAACGUAGCUAGUGACACUAGUAGCUGCCAUGAAGAAGGGUCACUGGCAAGAAAAGCUGUCGGGCCUCUCAGGAGCGUCUUGAAGAGGCAGCUGGUUCUAGAGCCCAGCGCUACUGCUUCCAGCUUACUGAAGAAACUAGUUUCACUUGGGUCAAGAAACAAGUCAGCGGGUGGGCAAAUACAUGAAUGUAGGACUGAGAUCACCAGCGAAGUGAGAUGCCCAACGUGCUGGCCACCGCCUUAUAUGAUAAAGGGGCAGGCCCUCUAAUAAAGAAAACUAAAUAAACGUAGACACCACUGAACAAGGAAUGUACUGAAAUGACUUCCUUAGGGAUAGAGCUAAGGGAAAAUAACUUGCACUAAAAUACAUUUAAAAUACUUGAUUCCAUGAGUCAGUUUAUUGUAGGGUUUUUGUUUUUUAUUUCUGUAAGAUAAGAGAAACUUUUUUUUGUAUUUAUUAUUGGAUAACUGAAUGAAGCUAUUUUUUAAAAGAAAAAAAAAACAGAAGAAUGCCAAGCUGCUGCUGUUACCUGCAGAAUUAACAAAACUAUGUUACUUUGUACAGACUUGUAAAUAUUUUGAAAAUACAUUAUAAAAAUAGUGAAUGACCAAAUGCUACCAGACUGCAGCAGUUUGGGUGCUAAUUUUGAAAAAAAAAAAAAAAAAAAGCGGGGAUGUUACAAUGUGAUUUGGAAGCUUUGACACUUUUGGUCCUUAAACCCCCCUUCCCCCACCCCUCUUCCCACCCCCAAAAAAUAUUUUUGGGAUCUAGGCAGAAAUUAACUGUGGUCUUUGUGUUAUGCAUUUACUUAUUGCCUCUCCCCAUUUUCUAACAUUAAUAACAUUAGGCUCUACUAGCCAUUUGAUUUCACAUUUCAAAUCAUAUUGUAAUAUCCCUGUUUUUUUUCCCAAGUCAGGUUUUUUUGUGCUUAUAAAUUGUGAUAACUGUGAAUAACUGCUAAAACUACCCAAGAGGAGGGUUGUUUUUUUGUUUGUUUUUUUCCUCUUUUUUUUUUUUUCUCAAUUUUCAUUUCCUGCCGGCAUAUUGGAAAAAAAAAAAAAAAUCCGAUUUAGGUAAUCGGUAAACCUAUAUUGUGAUAUAUAAUGAAUCAUGUACAGUGAGACAAAUAUCUUCUUUCAUGAUAAGAUUUGUGCUAUGGUUAAAAUAAAACCGAAGUUAACUAUUAGAGUAAUAUACUUGCAACUGCAGGACUUUGGCGAUAGGGUUUGCAGAAAUUAAUUUAAAAAGAGUGUGUAUGAAUUUGUUUUUGUUUACAUUUCUUUAAGCUUAAAAAAAAAAAGAAAAAAAUAUAAACUUUUUGUGUUUGCUUGUAGAAACGUAACACGCUUCUGAAUUUUUUUAUUUUCUUUAUUUUUCUUUCUUUCUUUGUACAUCAAUUCCGGUACUGACACUUCACAGGCUGAAUAUAAAAUAAAGCGUUUUAUUUGUGUGCACAAUGAAAGUGGACUGUAUGUUCUUGAUAUAUUCAGUCACACAGUCUUGAACUUGUAAUGUAUAUGGCAUGAUGUAUUUUUUAUCGUACAGAAAAAAAAUCAAUUGUAUAUAUUUUUCUCUUGAUAAAUAGCUGUAUGAAAUUGUUUCUUGAAUAUUUUUCUUCUUGUAAAAUAUCCCAACAUCCUACCAGUAUUUGUCCUACAGUUCAUUUUUUCUGUCCUGUAAAAUAGAAUAUAAUGUUGGCAAAAAGAAAAAAAAAAUUUUUUUUUUUUGAGUAUACAGAGUGUUAUGGGUUUUGGAAUUCGUGGAAGCAGAUUUAGAAGAUCAGCAUUUACAAAUAAAAAUAUUUUACAACUAUAA